AGUGGAGUUGGCUCAAUCCCAACCACGGACUUCCAAAGGAGUACAUAUAGAGUGAAAAAUACCGGUGUUUCAAAAAUACAGCGAUGUGCGUUGGGCAAGCAAAACUCUUCUAACCCUGGAAACAAUAAGGCAUGAAAAGUUCCUUGGCCUUGUGGAUAAAAACCUAUACCUGGCUAGCUCAUUAAUUUGCUUUAUCGUAUACUCCUACUUCUGCUAACCACUGUUCACCCCACAAAUGUGGACUCCUAAAGCAUCCAAACGUUAAUCAAUAAUAAAGAAAUGAAACAAUCAAAGAGUGAACACACUCAAUGCAAAGACAAGUCUCUUAUAUUCACAACUGAAAUUGAUUAAAAAUCCGACAGAAAAUCAGUGAUACGAUCAACAUCUUACCAAAAUAAAAUUGGAAUGGCUAGAGCUAAUGAGAGAGAUGUGUGCGAUAAUGUAGCACAUCCAGCAGCGAAUCCAGCAGUAAAUGGUUAUCAGAUAAAGCCGCGACGAUCUCAAAAACCUAUCCCCACUCUACAGCAUUUUAUUCAGCAAAUCCGCUUAAUGAAACAUUUAAACAUCACACCGUUUAUGGUGUUGCCCAACAUGUCGGGAAAAUCACCUGUAGUAUUAACUCAUGGAUGAGUAAAUCCAGCAUUGCACACCGAUCUUCAAAAGUAGUGCUAAAUUGAAAUAAACUUGUAAAUGUCAUGACUGGGCAGAUGGC